AUGAGGGACGACACAGGGCAGUCUUGCAAGGAAACAGCGCUUUCACCGUCAGUCAUGAGUAAGGAGGUAAGUUCAAAUAUCCGAAUGCUUGUUUUGCUAGGUUGUUGUUUGAAUUUUUGUUGAUGUUAGCCGAAAUGUGCGACUAUCAGUCGAAAAUAGCUUGUGUCAGCAGUUGUCAUCAGACUAAGCCCAGGUGCGGAAGGAACUCUUUCCGGCUAGAGCGUUGUUGAUUGAACUUGUUUUUCCAACUUAAGCACUAAAAUUGCGUUAAAGGAACGAACCUUAGCUUAAUGUAGUAAAUACUACAUCGUUCCUUAAAUUGUUUUCUGUUCGAAAUUGAACCCUGACUGAAUUCAAUGUCCAAACUUGUCCUAGUUUUGUAUAUGUUAAAUUUGCUGCGAGGUAGAUGACAAACAAUUCCUUAGCGGAAAAAUCGCUGUCUGUCUUUUAACUGCUUCAGUCGGCCGUCUUUUUACGCCAGUUAUUCUCUGAUCUCGAUGGCAUCUUAAUUUCACCCUCUACAGAAUGCACCCGAGGAUAAAACUUCCAUCUUGACUCGAAUCAAUGCUUUGUUGGAUUCUAGUAAGUGAACUUCCUGAAAUCUGUUCGAGUUCUUUUGAUUUCAUGUGGAACACAUUUGAUCAAAUUCAGACGCUAAACAUAACGCAGAAAAGCUUUGCUGCAUUGUUUUGACAGACUCAGCGGGUAGAAGUUUGUUUUCGCCUCAACCAGCAUCUCAAGCUACAACCUGUGGACCGUUCGUUAGUUACCCAGGUUUUCAGCCAACACCUCCAGACUCUAGAUCUCCCAGCCCGUUACAUAUGGACGAUCUGAGAACAAGUGAACUCUUCAUGGUAACCGUUUAAAACAUAUUUAUUUUCUUCUGACUGAAAGCUGUGGCUGCGCGUUGAUCUCUUUGACCUUGUGUCUUCUUUCCUGUCUGUAUUAGUUUCUAAUUUUGGCAAUGAAGUGUAUGCUUUUUGUGCCGUUUUGUAAAUUAUAGUCGCUUUUGUCCUUCUAUCCAUCAAAAUUAAUUUUUUCAAGUAAGCCAAAUUGAGCCAGAUAAUCUGUGUCAACGAUUUGAAGUGAUACAAUUUCAUGAUAAUAUCUUUGUUUUUCUCAGAUUUUGGUCAAUAGUUAUGCCUAACCAUUUUACAGGCAGAUACAAUAGACUUGUAGUAUAGAUUUUAGAAUUUAGCGAGACUGAGAAAUAAAUUCGAAAUAAAUUUUUGACUAAGCUGCUUUUGUUUUGUUUUGUUUUUUUUUUUGGUAAGGAAAAUCUGUUACAUGACAUAAUCUUUCAUGGUGAAAAUUGCAGAGAUUUUUCUACUAAACAUGGAUUGAAUUAAAACAGGCACAAUGCUAUUCAAACAAUAUCUUAAAAGAGAAAAGAAAAUAUAAGCAUGGACAGGAAGUCCCUUUAGAUAACUUAUGCCUGGAGUAAAUUUAUUAUUGGCUCAAUAGCUUUAGCCAGAUGUCUUUAGCACUGCAAGUUUAGGUGAGGCCUACCAGUUCUUUGUUAAGAAUUGCUAUCUGUAUUUACAAUGGUGUCAAUAGGGACAAUUUUCCAAAUUUCAGGGCAACUUUGUAGCUGGUAGCACUCAUUUUGGAUUACAUACCCCACCAGAUAGCCUUUCACCUUCUCCCAUGAGUGCCUUUUCUCCAUAUGGAGCCUUUCCAUUCUCUCCUCUGUCUCCUGUGGACUCUGAAGCCAGUAUUAGUCCUAUGAGGCCUUCAUACCGCAGUUCUGUUUUCCCUCGUUGUCAGCCAAGGCAGAUUGGGUUACCGCCUGGAAUGUUGCAGCAACAAUCUGAGAUGGUGGCACCCACGAUGAGCAGCCUGUUCACUGAUCCGAGGUGGACUGGCAUCAAUCCAUUGUUUGGAAUGUGGAAUGAUCCAUCAAGUUUAGACUACUUUCAACACCAAGGACUUCCUCAGCUAUUAUCAGGUAAAGCAUCUAAAUCUAUUCCAUGUAAUAGCAACUCAGGUCAGUGGCAAUCAAUGGCCAUUUAAAAGUUAUUCCCCUGAUCACAAUCAACUUUCUCUGGAGAUCCAAAAAUACAUAGAUUGGUUGGGCAAAAGAAUAAGCUGAAAAUUCUUAAUAAAUCCUUAUUUAUUCGGAGGGAAGGUGGCUGUUAGACAGGAGGGGUGCCACCUGAGAGCACCUUGCAAACAUAAUAUUAUCAGAAAUGCAGCCUACUGUUUCUCUGGCCUAAUGUUAUUCUGUGUUGAUCUCUUAACAAGGUGCAGACUUCAAUAAAGGAAAUAUGAAGAAGUGGUCAGGCCAGUUACCUCGCCGAAAUUAUAAGAAUCCAAGCUACUCAACAAAAGUAUUCUUGGGAGGUGUUCCUUGGGAUAUCACUGAAGGUUCUAUUACUUUGUGUUUGUCAAGUUAUCAAGUGAACAGAUCUAAUGACAUGUAACAGUUAUGCAAAGCUAUAUUCAAACUUUACUGAACAAUUUGUCUACCAGGUGAAAUUAGUUUAUUUUUUCUCACUUUUCACUCUGAGCUACAUUAUGGCCAACUGUCUGAAACUUGAGCUGUAUUAGGAUGUGAAAAAUUUUAAAGCACUAGCAAAACUUUUACCAAUGAUGUGUGAGUACCUUGACGGGCUAAGGUGUGGCUGCAUGGAUGUGUGGUAACUGAGGGGCAGUUGUUGUUAUUUAAUUUCUUUACAAGUGACACAUCAUUCAACCUAAACUUGCUCAAUCACACAUUAAAUUUAAUUCUGUUCUUAUUAUGAUGAUUUUCUAUUGAAGCAUAAUUUGACUGAUUAUUUAGGUUUUACAUCUGUAUGUGAAUAUUUUCCUUCCAAGUGAUUAAUAACAAACAUAAGUUUUCUCUAUUUUGUAGCAUCUCUUGUGAUGUCCUUCAAACCAUUUGGCUCAGUGAAGGUGGAAUGGCCAGGGAAGGCUGAUGGCCGGCAUCUUCACCAUCCACCUAAAGGUACCUAUGUGCUGUGACAGUCAAAGUAGGAAAUGUGACCAGUAUAUUGGAUACUUAAACUCUGGGAGUUACAAUAUUAAGAAGAUUGACCAUAGAGAUCUUUUUCGUCAGACUAUUGACAAUCAGAAGUGACCAAUCCAAUGCAUGACAACCUUUUAUCUUAUUUCUUCGAAUUGAGAAGGUGCACAUUAAUUGCUGUAUUUUAAUGCAGUAUAAUAGUCAGAUUACUAAUGAGAAAUGAAAAAUAUAGAAAGAAUAAAUUGUAUUUUAGGAGUGAUAUUUUAAUGAAAUGUAGAAACAUAAGUUUGAUGUUUCUACCAGGAUUGACAAGAGGGGAAGUUUAUAGAAUCUCUCUAGUUCCAGUUGAUUUUUACCUGAUUUUAUUUCUUAGGAUAUGUGUAUUUAAUCUUUGAUUCUGAGAAGUCAGUGAAAGCUUUGUUAGCAUCUUGUACUCAUGACUUCUGUAAUGGUGGAGACUGGUACUUCAAGAUAUCCAGUCGACGUAUGAGGUGCAAAGAGGUAAUAACAAUAUAUUCAUUCCACAGAGGGAUUUAAAGUGAGUCAUCUUCACACACACACACACACACACGCACACACCCACACCCACACCCCCUUGCCAUUCCAGCAAACUACUAAGGGUUUUUAAUUUCCCACCUCAUAACUUCAAGACAAUACAAUCAAGUUUCUGUCAGUGGUAAACAGGCAUAAUAUCUGGUAAUCAUCUGACAUGUGCGCUAUGUUAUGGUACACUUAAAAAGUUUUAGUGCACUGUUUAGUUAUUAUAAGGACUUAUUAGUUCAUUUGUCUGGUUAAACCAACUUCUUAGAAACAGUAAAAGAACUGUUUGACUGUAAAUGUGCUUUUUAGGUGCAGGUGAUUCCCUGGGUUCUGUCUGAUACCAACUAUGUGCGUGGCCCUCAUCAACGAUUGGACACCAGUUGGACGGUGUUUGUAGGGGGACUGCAUGGUAUGCUUAAUGCAGGUGAGGGCUGCUGUCAAGUGUGACAUUAAUCAACUGUACAUUGCUGAUGACAAUGUCAACCAUCACUUUUUGGUUUGUUGCAGAACCAUAUUAAGAUUAAACCAUCUUGAUCUAAGCCAAAACUUCUUCUUGUAAACAUUCCAUCUUAUCACAUGCACUUGAACCAUCAUAAAUAUAGAAGAAGUGGCUUUUAUCUAUAGUCUUUUUUUUCCCAUUGUAGAAAAGACAUUUUAAAUCAGUAUAUCUGAAUUUUGAAUUUUAGGAAAAAACCAUUUUAUUGUAAAGAUUUUUGUGACUCUGUCAUUGCAGAGGGCCUGGCUUAUAUAAUGAAUGAACUGUUUGGUGGAGUUGUCUAUGCUGGUAUUGAUACUGAUAAACAUCGCUAUCCUAUAGGUAAGCUGUAUUCAUAAAAUAACUCAGUUCUGUCUCUGUAACACCUACUUCUGUGAAGUUUGCCAGAAUGUAAGUCAGGUGAGCAAUUUGCUAUGAUUUUUUGAAAUUGCAUUCCUCUUUUGCUUACUGGACAAGAAAGUUAGAGACUGCCUCUAAAAGAAGUUACUGAUUAGAAGGAACCUUGGCAGGAAAAAUGCCCUUAUUUAUCACAAUGGCAGGAAAUUGCAAAGCUCCAUGAAUUGGCUAGGUCAAACAAAAUUUAUCAUUAGGUGCAUGCAGUUAAGUUCAUCUUUACUAGCUGAAUUGAAAUUUUUUGACAUCCCAGGUUCUGGUCGCAUUACCUUCAACAAUCAGAAGAGCUUUCUGGAAGCUGUGCGGUCAGGAUUUGUUGAAAUAGAGACACCAAAAUUUGUGAAAAAGGUACUCAGUUUUAAUGAAAAGUGUUACCCCCUUUCUCUAUGUUAACUUUGUAAAAAUGAUCAACAAAUAUGUUGCUAUAAUAAAUUUUGUCUAUCAUAUUCGAUUUAUGGGUUGUAUUUAUCAACUCUCAUUAGUCAGUCAUCGUUAUUAUUACUGAUUUAAACUUUAAUUGUUUAUUUGUGGUUAAUCAGGUGCAGGUUGAUCCAUAUUUAGAGGAUUCAAUGUGUGACAUUUGUCACACAACUACUGGUCCAUUCUUCUGCCGUGAAGAAUCUUGUUUCAAGUAUUACUGUCAUUCAUGUUGGUUGUGGCAUCAUUCAAUUGAAGGAUAUCGUCAGCACAGGUGAUAUGGUGUAUUAUAGUUAAGAAAAUGACUGCCUUAAAUGGUGCAUAAACUUGAAUUUGUGGAUAGUGCUCUAAAAAUCUGCUCAAAUCAAACCAGCUGGAGUUUGUUGUGGACUCCUCAUAAGUUGGUGAAAGGAACACCAUAGAUGUUAAUUGAGAAAAAAGUCUCUUUACAUCGUUGUGUACCUAAAGUCACACCAAACACAUAGUAAGGAAGUCGUCAGCUUAUAAUUCUCUAAUCUUUUUUAAUUUUUAGACCACUGACCCGCACAAGCAAAAGUGGUACUUCUCAGUAAUUUGAAGUCCUUGUAGCUAAUCCUGAUGCAGGUUGUGAAAGGCAGGCUGUAUAACAUCCUACCCCACAGACCUGAGUGUAAAAUUUGCUAUUCAGGACAUAUAAGGAUGCUGUCAUCAUUGUGUCUUAAAUUUGGUUAUUUGUUGUUAACCUUACAGGUGUAGAUUGUUUUCAGAUGGUUCAGUUUAUUAAUCAUUUACUUAGGUUUCACUUUUAGAUGAAAACAUGCAGUGAAAUUGUUUCUGUUCUGUGUUUACAUCACAAGCUGGUUAAGUGCUAGUAAUUUGUUGAGCUGGAGAUUGUGCAAACAUUUCUCAACACAGGUUUCAAUUUGAUAUUUCUUAUUAUAGUACAGGGGAAAAUCGUGUUUUGUUUGCUUUCAUUGUCACCUUUCAAUUUUAGCAUUUUCUGCUUAAUACUUACAGCAAGUUCACAAGAUUUGCAAGUUUAAGCAUCCAUGGCUGAGUGGUCAUUAGAAUGAGAAACUCCCUAAAUAUUUUAAAUUCUUGAUUGCUCCUCUAGUAAUAAUCUUAUCAUCAGAAUUUAUUGUUAAGGUGACUGGGAUUAUUUUCCCAUGGUGUGUCAAGUUCUUUUUGUUUUCACUCUUCACAAAACCUUGACAUUGAAUGUGUAGUUCUUCAGUGUACACAAGUGUUGGACUUUUUCUAAUGACCAACCCUACCUUGGAUUGACCAAACUACUUGAUUUUGAAUUUCUCUUAAUUAGAUAUGUUUGUUUUGAAUUAUUUUAGUUGUUUAUUUUUGUGUAUCUUAGCGUGUUUAAGGAUUUUUUUAUAACCAUUAGAUGUUAAUGUUCUCUGUGCAAGGAUUUAUUGCAUUAAUAGUUUGAUAAAACGGAAAACUUAAAUUACGCUGGACUCUGUUUUCUCUAGAGAAGAACUUUUUGUCUCAAGGCUGGGCCUUGUACAGUUUUGUAGGAGCAAGACUCUUUUUUAACUUUUCAAAUCUACUAGUAAUUCAGAGUGAUGUUUGGAAAAAAAAUCCUUAUUGUUAUUUACACAGGAAGACAUGUACAUCAGAAACAUUGUUGAUGUGUCUUUUUAAUACUCAUGUUACAGAGUAUUUUUGUAUUACAGUUUUGUAUAUAUUUUUGGUGUAACACAGUGUUCUAGUGUUUUUUUCAGGUAAUUGAAUGCAACUAAUUACUUUCUCAACCUAAAUGUAUCCAUCAUUUAACCAUAGUUUGAAAAGUGUUUAGUUGUGACAUGUUAAGAGCUGACCACAUAAGACAGAAAAAAUAACUUUUCAUUAUCUCUAAUUUAUUUAGGUAACACUGAGGAAGAGCCUAAACAGUUAAUCAUUGCUAGUGAUGGAAUGAUAAAAUUGUUUUUAACUCAAAAACCAAAAUACUGGAAAAAAACUAUUUAGAGGGUGCAUGACACAUUUAUUUAAAUUUAGUUCUAAAAAAAGCAAGUCAAUUUUUAUUGUUUGCAGGACACAAGGAAGCUAAUUUUGCAGUAAGAGUUAUUAUAAUUAUUGUAAUUAUUUAUUUAUAAUGUUUAUUUCCACUGACAAGACUUGUCAUAAGUUCUCAUUGGUAAAUUUAAUUAAUUUUGCACGUUAUGGUUGUAUUGAUAAGCUCCUUGCUCAUGUUACUGUACCAAACAGGCAGUGCUUAGCGUGUUCCAAUAGAAAAAGACACAGAUGGCAAUUGUAGGUUACCUUUGUCACAUUAAAGUGGAA